AUGAUGGGAUGUAAAGGGUGCUACCCGCAGCAAGAAGUCACAUCAGAAGUGAGCCAGCAACCCUGCCCUCCGCCUUCUCCACCAUUUCCUUUCCUCUCCAAGCCCUGCCUCUCCAGUCUAUUCCAGUACAUUUCUUUCCUGUGCCUGGGGGGUUACCUCCCUUUGUACCACCAGGGGCUGCUUUCAUUUUCUAUUUAUGUAAUGAUCCCUUCAAUGGGAGAUCUUUUAGCUAGAAGCAAAAGCAACACUGCCAAUUCCUGUCUCCAAAUACCUGGGACCAGGGUCUCUUCACCACUAGAAGUCCUCCAGAUCAGAUUCCCAGAAUAA